AUGUACAUCAGCUCCAUGGAGGCGUCCUUCAUGCAGCAGCUCCGUGGGCAGCAGCACCACCACCACCACACCACUCCCGACAGGAGCAUGAUCCAUGUGGGUAGUGGCCAUGGGCUCAAGGUGCUCCAAGAGGGAGCCUCUGAUAACCUCGGGUCUAAGAAGAACGUGCCUCACCCGCAUGAUGUUGGUCCACGAGGCCUGCCUGAGGAUCCGUGGGCGAGGUGUUUCAAGCCACGUGAUUCCGCUAUGAAUCAUCGUGGUGAUGGGGUUGGUGCUUCCGGUGGUGAAUCGGGCACCGAUACAGUUCAAGCGAUGGCUCCAAAGCAUGGAAGAGGAGUGAGCACUUGUGUCGGAGGAAAUCCUAUUGACAGAACCUCAGGUUGUUACACUUUUCAUCUUGUUUGCUGA